AGGCGCCUUGUUGAGUCUCGGCUGUCUUGUUCGCAGUGUUUUGGGCGUGAAGUGGCACAUCGUUGCACAUAGUCUUCCCUUCGUGAGCCAUGAGUGAGGGCCAGCUGUACACCUCCAGCGAGACAUGUGUGGACGAAGGGCUGGAGGGCGUGGUGGCCGCCAAUCCAGGCUUCGUCCUUCUCCCAGAGCAGCGUGUGGUGGUGGAGCGUGGCCGGCUGCUGGAGGGUGCUGGGAGGACGCGUGGAGUGGCCCUGGUGUCUGGCGGCGGGUCGGGGCAUGAACCGUUUCCCGUUGGGUUCGUUGGUAGCGGGAUGCUGUCUGCCGCGGUGGCCGGACACGUGUUCGUUUCCCCGCCAGCAGCCAACGUGACCGCCGCCAUCACCGCCGUCGGCAAGGACAACCCAGACGGGGUGCUCGUGAUUGUCUUCAACUACACCGGCGACCGUAUCAACUUCGGCAUGGCGGUGGAGCGGUGCCGCGCCGCGGGCAUGAAGGUGGAGAUGUAUGUGUCGGGGGAUGACUCUGCCCUCACCAAGCUGGAGGGCACGGCGGGGCGACGCGGCCUGUGCGGAACUCACUUCGUCUUCAAGAUCGUCGGGGCGCUGGUAGAGCGAGGCUGCAGUCUGGCCGAAGCCCUGGACACCUGCAGGAAGCUGGGCGAGGCUACGGGCACCAUCGGGGUGGCUGCCAGUGGCUGCACGCUGCCGGGAGCCUCGGCGCCGCUCUUCACGGUAGCGCGUGGACACCUGGAGCUGGGCCUCGGGGUGCACGGGGAGACCGGGGCCGCCACGAUACCGGCGGGGUCGCCGAGGGAGGUGGUGGCGGCGCUGCUGGACCAGCUGACUCGGCGGGACUCGGCCUCGCGCCUCGACCUGCAGGCGGGCGACGAGGUGGCCGUCAUCAUCAACAACCUGGGGUGCCUGACGCUGCUGGAGCUGAGCAGCGUCACCAAGGAGGUCGUCGCCCAGCUGAAGUCGCGCGGCGUGAGGCCCGUGCGGGUGUACCCAAGCCCCGUGAUGACCAGCCUGGACAUGCGGGGCUUCCACGUGUCGGUGCUGCGGUUGCGGGACCCCUCGUGGCUGGCCCUGCUGGACGCCCCCACCUCGGCCCCCGCCUGGCCCGCGCCUUGCCUCGCCGCCGCGCACGCCGAGGACCAAGUGAAGUUCCCGGACCUCAACCUCACCUUCAGCCACGAGAAAAUUGAAGGCGGCUACAAACUAGAGGAGGCGGCGCACGUGCAGACCUUGCGGAGGUGUCUCGAGGCUGUGGUGAGCAGGAUGCCCCAGCAUGAAAAGUCUCUCAACGCCCUGGACGCUGAGUGCGGGGACGGGGACUGUGGCUCCACCUUCCUGCAGGGUGUGGCGGGCUUGUCGAAGAAGCUGCCAACCUUGAAAAUGAGUCACCCAGGGCAGGUCCUCACCGUGCUGGGGGAGGUGGCGGAGACCAACAUGGGCGGCUCGUCGGGGGGCAUCUAUUCCAUCUUCUGCACCGCCGCCGCCGCCACGAUGGCCGCACCGCGAGACUCCCACAGACGCACGUGGGCCGCCGCGCUCAGGGCCGGGGCGGAGGCGAUCAGCAAGUACGGCGGUGCCUCGACGGGGGACAGAACCUUGCUUGACGCUCUAGUGCCGGCGGUGGAGGCGCUAGAGGCCGCCAGUGACGGUGAUGACCUCAAAUCGCUGCUCAAGGCCAUGGCGGCGGCGGCUGACGAGGGAGCGCGACGCACCGCCGGCAUGAAGGCAAGGGCGGGGCGGGCCACCUACGUGCGGGACGAGAAGGUUCACGGGGAGGACGCAGGGGCCCGCUGCCUGGCGUGGCUGCUGGAGGCGCUGUGCCACAACUAGCCGUGUGUGUAUGUGUGUGUGUGUGUGUGUGUGUGUGUGUGUGUGUGUGUGUUUUAUAUAUAUAUAUAUAUAUAUAUAUAUAUAUAUAUAUAUAUAUAUAUAUAUAUAUAUAUAUAUAUAUAUAUAUUUAUCAUACGUGCAUUUGCGUGGAUUUACAUCGUAUUUUACAUCGCUAUUGCUUUGUCAUGGGAUUUAAAUGGUAGAUUAUUGUUAAUGGUUCUGUUUUACUUUGAUAGUGUGGCUUUAUUUUGGAAAUAAACUUGUGUUGAAAG